AUGCAAUUCAAUCUUUCCACAAUCUGCCUCGCGGCCGCGACCCUCUUCGCCUCGCACAUUCUCGCAGCUCCUGCUCCCGCACCAGUCCCAACCCCAGUCUUCUAUGGCGGACCUAGCGGUCACGACGCAGGCAACUCAGUCUGCUUCAAGAGCUACGUCUACGGCGCUGCAUCGUGUCCUGGCCGAGCAUACGAGGAUGGGACAUGCUGCAUCUCAGACGAGAUCGAGCUCAAAGUGCCAGAACCCAAAGCGAAAGCCGCAUAUACGGGUGACGGUGCCGGUGCCGGUGGCGCCGAGUGA